CCAUAAUUAAAGCUUAGUCAGAAAAAGUGUCACACUCGCCUUGUUUCAGCUAUAUAUAACACUUGGAGGAGGGAAGGAGGGACACUCAAACCACCUGUGUUGUACUGGGAUUUGUUUUUCACCUGAUAUUUGUUUUAUUUUUAAAGAUGGAUUUGCUCCUGGAUUUUGGCUAAUUAUGACAACUUUUUUGCAGAGUCAAACAAAACCAUAUUUUUAGCAAAACAAGAGCUGGAAUCAUUCACCAUGUCUGUGGCUGCACUAUUUAGGGGGAAGUGGGGGCAUAAGUCACAAGAAACCCAAGUGAAGCAGCCAGUAGCUGUGAUUCCACCCGGCCAUGAGGAGGAAGAGGAUGAGGAGGACUCCCUAGUUGGUUUCACUAGGGAGCCAAUCCGCAGGAACUCCCGCUUUUACCGCUCAAUGAGGAAGAAGCGGCCUGUCCCAUCUGAGCAGUGUGAAAAUUCCACCAGACAAAGUUUGGACCCUUCAUCUAAUACACCCUUAUCCCAGAAAUCACCUUUGUUACCAGGAGCUAGGUGCCCCCAGCCUUCACCACACCUCCAUCAUUCCAGAACUGCGUUGCCAAGCAAUGGUGUGACCAGCAGCAGACAUGCUCUGUACUACAAGGAUGCUGGGGAAAGGCAAAGAGGAGGAGUGGGAGGGAGCGUGGACAUAUCUGCUGGCUCCAACAGCCAGCAUAGAGAUUUCGCAGCUGACACGAAAACUUAUCGGACUCACGGCAUUCAAAGCAGGGACAUAACGGAGCUGUCAGAACGAACAGCUGCAGGUCUCACAGUACAGGACGGCAGAGGGAAAAACAUGAGUUCACAACAGCCCAAUUAUGAAGGACCAGACCAGGAAAACGCCAACAUCAGGCUGCUGAGCAAUGGAGAGAAACCACAGACAAUCUGUCACAGUCUCAACAUCAUCAAGAACAUUGCUUUCCUGUACCAGGAAUACCGGGACAGCUCCAAGCAACAGGAAAUUGAGCAAAGGCGGCAGCGUGAGAAUCUCUCCCCUGAAGUAACGGGAGGGACUGGGGCAGAGUCUGGAGUCACGUCCCCCCCAGUAUUACAGCUGCAGCUGAGGAACAGCGCUCGCUCACUGAGCCUGUGGCAGAACCUGGACGUUGUGCAAGCUAGUGGGCUGCUCAACCAGUUAGCACACAAAGAAAUCAUAAUGCAAGAGGCCAUGUUUGAGCUCGUUACCUCAGAGGCGUCCUACUACAAGAGUUUGGAGAUUCUGGAGACUCACUUCCUGCGCAACCCUGUCUUAAUUAACACCCUCAGUCAGUCUGAUAUGCACUUCUUGUUCUCCAACAUUGAGGAAGUCAUGAAGGCCAGUGAAAGGUUCUUGAUGGAUCUGGAACACCGAAUUGAAAAGUCUAUUUUGAUUUCUGAUGUGUGUGACAUUGUGUAUCACCACGCUGUGGAACACUUCAGUGUGUUCAUCAAGUAUGUAAUCAACCAGGUCUACCAGGAGAAGAACUACAGACGUAUUUUAGAGGGAAACCUGGCAUUUCGGGAAACCAUGGCUACGUUGGAGAACCAUCCACGUGUCAGGGGUCUGUCCUUUACCUCUUUCCUAAUCCUCCCGUUCCAGAGGAUCACCAGGCUCAAACUGCUCGUGCAAAAUAUUCUGAAGAAAGCAGAGGAAAACUCAGAGCGUGAAGCAAAUGCUAUAAAAGCGCAUCAACAACUGGAGCAGAUUGUGAAGGAGUGUAACGAGGGAGUGAGGAAAAUGAGUCGCACUGAGGAGCUAAUCAGCAUUGAGAAAACACUGGAGUUUAAAUCCAAGUCGGUGCCCAUCAUUUCCCACUCACGCUGGCUGCUAAAGAAGGGUGAAGUGCAACUAAUGGCCGGACCUAAGAGCACGAGGACCAUGCGGAGUCGUAAACUCUAUCAACCAGUCUACCUGUUCCUUUUCAAUAAUCUACUACUGGUCACCAAGCCCAGCUCUAGUGGAGACAAGUUUCAGGUCCUGGACUCGUGCACACGGGCCAUGUUGAGAACUGAAGACCUUGAAGACCAGGGCCAGAUGUUGGCUAAUGUCUUUAAUCUCAAGCUGCUGGAGAACCAAGAAGAGCGCCUUGUCAACUACAUGCUGAAGACCUCCAGCAUGAGUGAUAAGCUACGAUGGAUGUGUGCGCUUACUCCUAACCGCCGCACACGCUUUAUGUCUACAAGCACCCAUCAAACAGACUCCCCACAGGUGCAGUGUAUUCAGUCAUACUCAUGUCAGGAGCCGGACGAACUCUCCAUUGAGAUGGCCGAUGUUCUAAACCUUCUCGAGAGAACAGACGAUGGCUGGAUGAUGGGUGAGAGGCUCCAUGACGGCGAAAGGGGCUGGUUCCCCAGUCGAGUAGUAGAAGAGAUCCAGAGCAGGGAGGUCCGAGCUCAGAACCUCAGAGAGGCCUUUAGGAUCCAGCAGGCACAGGAAGGGGGGAUAACCUCUGGCGAGAUCUCGACAUUGAAGUGGGCAGGCAGCUGAUGCCAUCCAGGAGGUGCAGAGAUACCUGGCAGAGGGCAAAAUUGCCAGGUCCCAGGAUCCUAUGAGAUAGGGGGACAACCAAAUUUACAAUUUCUCUGCACUCCAGCCUCAUCUGUGCCGUGUGAGCAGGUCUUUUCUACAGCUGGAGAAGUUGUAUCAAAAAAGUGUAACAAACUCAAUUCAAAAUGUAAUCAGUGUUACCUUUUUUUUGUUCUGUCCAGCAGUUUAACAAGCAUGCUGUAUUAGGCUGAAUGCCGUAUUGUGAUGGACAGCUUUGCUUUUACAAGGGGAGUAUAUAAGAAAUAUAUAUACUCUUCUCGAUUAAUUGUUUAAUAAUUUAUUUAGUCCAUCCUAAAUAUAUGUGAUGUCGCUGUGUUGGUGGACAGGUUGUAUUUUUGCAUUGGGGUGUGUGUGAGGGGAAAAUCAGUUAAGCAAACAAUCAGCGCAAAAUAAAUAAAUAGGGAUGUACUGUACCUUAGGCUGACACAUUCAUAACUAAAUAAGUGCUGUACUGUGGUUUACCUUGAAAUUAAUAUUAAUACCAAUAAUAGUAUAUCAAGGAAUGUGCACACACACAAACAUAUACAUAUAUCAUAUACACACACGUAUACAUUGUUAUACAUAAUCUCAUAAUACUUAAUAAUAGCCAUCACAUACAACAUCACAACUACCAUAAUCACACAAUAUUGAUAUUGAUAGUGAUAAGUACCAGAAAUAUUUUGUGGUGGAAAUUUCCCAUAAAGAGGCAGAGGCUGCCUUUUAACCCCUUUCUCUGGCUCUGGUGGAAUGUCUCUCUGCAGCAAUGGAAUUGUUUUUGCCACCUUAUCCCGCUCUGAGUGAGAAUGUUUGCUUUCUCACUUCUGCAUCAUCAUGUCUUGUUAUCCAAAGGAAGGAACACCGAGCUUCCAAGACAAGAUGCAUUCGCUUUAACAGCCUUGGGUCUGGUGGGGAGUCAGAUAGGAAGGAGCCAGAGUCCGGGUGUAAAAGGCAAACAUAUAUUAUAAAUUAUUAGUCAGUCAAAUGGAACAUCAGAUGUUUAAACUUGAUGUACAACAGGGCAAAAGAGAUUAGUUGUUUGUGUAAGAAUGUUCAGUUCAGUAUUGCACCUAACCAGCACAUGACGACUGUGUUGGAUAAGAAAAAGCACAAAGGCACAAUUUUUUAGAUUAGAUUAGAAAGCCUAUUUAUCAGCUCGGGUGUUGAGUGUCCCACUACAAGGUUAGUAAAGCUGUAGCUUAAUAUUAUUCACCCAAAGGGUGAGGCAGACGUUGGUGCAUGAACAAUGCCACUUGUGGAAGCUAGGGUGAUGUGAGGGGCUCGGCCACUACGCCCAUCCAGCAAGCAGAGGAUAUAUCCCCCGGCCCGCAGCACAAGGCCAGCAAAUAGUGGGGGUCAGCAGAAAAGAGACCACCCAGGCAGCGGAUCUGUGUACCCCGGGCGGAAAACGGGACUCCCAACAAACUAACCACACCACUCGCAUACACCCACACCCACUACCACAAACUCUCACAAAAAACAGUCAAUCAUACGUGAACCCAUGUACUCUCAGAUACAUUCUCACACCCACACCAUUCGCUUAUUCUUAUACAUAGAGAGGGUAGGUCUCUGGCCUGUUGCCCGUGUGGUCCCAGGCAGGUACCACAGCACCUCCCGAGCCCCGCCUGGGGUCUGUCUGCCCCAGUGAAAGAGCCCACCCCAGCCCUGAAUGUAUGUGUAUAUGUCUAAGUAUGAGGAACUGGGAGACCACCAGUUCCCCGAGGGGUCCAGCAGACAGAGCCACCAAAGUGAAGGCUCUGUUCACUGCCACCCCCCAGAGGCAGCUUCCAAAGUCCUGGAUACUCAUGUAUGACUAAUGCAAUUAAAAAUGCAGAGCAUCCCACUUAGGAGGGACAGAAUCACUUUCCAAUAGUCCCUCCAUCAGUAGGAUAAUCAGUGUUACCCGAGUCUGUCAACUAGGUUGCGUGUUAGUAUUUUUAAGGUCCAGUAGGUGUCAGUAGUCAGUGACAUAGUAUCGACAGUAUCAAUACAGAUUUGCAAUGUGUCGAAGCAUCACUACUAAUUAGCAACUAAGCUUAAACCACAACAGUUACCAUACAUGUUAAAAUUUGAUAGAAUAAUGACAUAACCCCAAAUUACAAGCACAUUUCAAUAGUACAAAAGCUUGGUCCACCGCUCCCUGCCUGUAGCCGCUUGAAGGCUGAUAGCUAUUAGCUGUUCCCCCCAGGUGUGUUGGAUUGCAGCAACCCACAGCAGCAUAUUUCAACACAUUGACUGCUCUCUGGCUGUCGCUAACUUUUAGCUUGCCUCACAUAUGUGUGUUAGUACAUUUUAAAACAGACAAACUAACAUAAUACAUCAUAUAAGUAUCAAGCAUUUACUUACUGCAGCAAGGGGAUGACGGACUGCAGGGAUAGAUCCUUACUUCAACCGGAGCUGUGGCAUUGUAGCACCCUCGUUCUUGAAGCAGUCCGAGGUGAAAUGAAGUCCACAUACAUACAAAUGCUGAGGCAGUGUUGCCGACGCUGGUCCGUUAGAAGUAAAAGUAACCCACAAAGUCCUCAGGUGUUGGUGUUUUGGUGUGGGUUAAAACACCCAAGAGCGGAGAGAGGACUUGGGCGCUGCCAUGUUUGUCUGCUCACGGUGAGUGAGAGAGGGAUAAGGCAGAAUUCCAGUUUUGGUUCUGUAUCAUCGUGGGGUGGUGGUUCAGGUUUUCCUGGGAGGAUUCCCCCAAAAAAUCUAGUUUUGAAAGAGCUUUUUCAAAACCAGACAUAAUUUAAUUUAAAGCUGAAAUUGGGGAAAUCAAGAGAUUAAAAGGUGCACAGACCAUGCUCAUACUCGAAUUGUGUUUACCAUUUCACAACAGCGUUCAUCACCUCUCAGAGUGCUUCUUGAUGGAUGAUACAAUGCAUUUUAACUGCCUCAGCUCUGCUCUGCUGCACCUUGGCGCACACCAAACAGGCCAUUAAUUUACACCUGUAAUUGCUGGUGCUCCAGCCGUUAUAACUCCACACAACUUGUCCCAAUAAGUCCUACCUUUUCAACUGUAUUUGACACAUCUUUAAAAAUGUCUCUUGCAGUUCCUUGAUGAUGUAAUUUUCAGUACCCCAUAGCAAACUUUUUCUUUCCUUAAUUUUGUUUUGUAGAGCAGCUGCCUCGAUCAACUCAGUUACUCGACCUAGCGUUCAACCCGAAGAAGUCAAAACCGGCAGGUUUUACUAUAUUCUGCUAUUUUUUUAAAAAUUGACUGCGGACCAAUUAAGACUUGCUCACAGGCCGCAGUUUGGAUUACCCCUGGUCUUACGGAACAACAAAUCGAGGGCUGGGUACAUUGUAUGAAGUUGAUGAGAUGUAUAAAGUGUCACUGGGUGUUAAAACGAAUGUCUUUUUUUUAGGCAAAUGCAGGUGCGACCUAACCUGCAUAGCUGCGCAGCAGACCUUCUGCUGUCAAUUUAUAGUUUCAAUGUGCGCCUUACAUAUUAUUUUGCUGAGCUGAUUUUUAAAAUUUUAAAAAGGUAAUGUCAGAAAAAGCUAAUACCCACCCUGCAUGAAACAAAAAAAGAGUAUUUCAAAAGAAAAUACCUAUAACCAAGUGUUUAAACGUUGCAUGUAAUAAAUGAAAGACAAAUGUCCACAAAGUUUGAGAUAUUUUACUAAUGUGCUGAAAUAAAAACAAAAGGAAAAUAAAAUGACAAUUUUAUUUCCUUAUGGGUUUUUUUUUGCUUUGAAAAACAUUUUUCUAUCUUUAAAACCACACCACCACAUUCAGUCAGCAUUAAACUUUACACAAGGGGUCCACUGAAUAGAGUUAAUGUAACUGGAUUUAGGAGGGACUACUUAUCUAAACAAAAAAUGUUUUAGUGCCUUUUUCAAGCAUCAUUUCAAAGCCAAAGCACAAGUGGCCAUUUUUUGUUAGAAGUGUUCAAGAUUGAAAAAAAAUAGACACAAAUGAAAAUGUGAACAAAUAUUCCCUGCCAAUAUAACCAUUGCUGAACUGGGCAUAUCCAUAGUUAGCAAGGUAAACUAUUGAAAACUCGUGUUUUCACUAUCAACAUCAUUGCCCAAAAAAACUACAAUACAUAUUUUACACAGCAGUAUAGAAAGGCAAGUUUGCCUAACAUAUACUUUUGGGGAAAUAUUGGGAUAAGGUAAGGUGAAAUUUAAUGAGAUCAAAGAUUAGUUGUAUGAAUAAUGCUUAUAUCAGGCAAAGUAAAGUAGAGCUCUUUAAACCAAAAAAAAACAACAACAAAAAAAUGUUUAAUGCAAAUGUAAAGAGAUUGUGUGCAUAAAUCAAAGAACACCAAAAUCAUGCCACUACACUGGUCUGCUCAGAAAUAAUUCACUAAUAGUUCAUAAAGUUACUGAAGCUUUAAACCACAAUUUUUUAAUUUAAAUGUGUUUUGCAAUUACGUUAUUUUUAAGAAGUUUUAAGAAGCUGUGUACCAGCACCUGGUUUCUUAACAUUAAAAAAAAGCUUGCUGAGCUUGGUUAGUUUCCAUAUACAUUAUUAUAGCUUAUGACAAAAUAGACGUAAGGCCCAUUUAUGAAAGUUAAGAACUUGCUGUAUGAAAGGAGUAUACUGUCAAGCUGUCAGAACUGGAAUGCACCAACUCUGGAAGAUUUAUUUAUUAAAAUGCUUGUAAAACCUAAAUAUUUUGACCAAACCGUAUAUUACAGCAGUUUACACUUAAAUCACACUUUGAUUCAACACUCAACUGUACACAACAGAAAUUUUAAAAAUUCAUAUUUACCUCUAUGUAAUUUAGGGAUUUUAAACAGGUUCUAAUAUUAAUCACAAACAAUAACAAUUUAUUAUUAAUCUAAAACAAUACAGUGAAUGCUUCCAGCAUUCACAACAUUGUUUUUCUACUCUUUUGUUUUAUUAUUACAAUACAGUGAAUGCUGGAAACAUUCACUGUUUAGUGAUUCAAAUCUUUAUUAUUAUUAUUUUCAUUUAAGUCAUUAAGCUUUUUUCAACAUUUUCUUCUCAUUGAAAUGAAUGGAAAACCAUUUUCAAAUAUUCUUCAGCAUUGCCUAAUUUCAGCUUUAACUAUCUCAGCAUACUUUAAGCUACAAACACUGUUUGAACUUUAGAAUAUUAUAAAGACAUUCAGACUAUUAAUCUCCCAAAAAUCUUUAAAAUAUCUUUAAUAGUUUCUGAUUUAUAGCAGUUUAAAUAUGGAGUGGUUUUUGGUAAAUCAAUCAAUUGGUGUGUAUUGCGUAAGCUAGAGCGCGUGAUGUCACAGCUAGAGUGCGAGGGCGCAAUUUUCUAAGCCAUAAAUUCUGUCGUCACUACAACUACAAUUUCCACUCUAACAUCUAUUCAACUCGAACAUAUUUUUUCACUUGUCUGUAGUCACACUUGUCUUCUUUCUAAAAAUGUGUCUGGUUAAGCCCUCAGACAUAUACUUUAGCCUGUAGCUGCCUCAAAGGGCAGAGACUUCCAGAGUUCCUCACAUAUACUCUAAUGCAUUUGUCAAAACAUUUUUAACGAAAAAAGGGGAAGGACUGGCAUUUUGAAAUCGCUGUGGCCACAAUUUAUAGUCUUACCACAUGCUCAUUGAAGCCUUGGCACUUAAAGUAUAGUUAUUUGUGUGAUAGUUAUUAUGGUUUUGCUGUAACAAGCCUGUUUAGCAGGGGUGUAAAAGAAUGUUUUACAGUCUAGCAAUUGCCGACACAUUCUCAAAAUCCUUUCAAAAUAAAAGCAGCACUGUAAAACUUUUACUUUCUGGUUAUGACUGGAUAAAUAUGACUACUUAAUGAGACUAUUUUAUAGUUUAGUAAUUUUCCCCACACACUUCCUCCAACUCCUUUCAAAGUGAAAAUACCAACCCAAAUCUUUAGCCUAAAUUGCCCUUUUCUGAUUUUGACUGAUUAAUAAUGAUUACCUAAUGAGCCUUUUUUACAAUAAAGCAAUUAAUUGCAGAUGCUUCCUCCAAAGCUCCAACUUUUCUCAGUUCACAAUUCAACUACUUCUGCACCUACUUUCAGCUAUAUUGAAUAUUUGAAUUUGAAUAUUUCCACAACAUUGAGCUAUUGUUUCAGCUCUUGAUCUGAUAACUGUUUAAUUAUACUAUUGAGCUGUUUUGAGACAUUACGCUAUAUUAAUCAAACUAAGCAAAGCUUCCUUUAAUUUCAGCCAAUGUUUUAAAUGUUUCAGCUACUUUCAGCAAUUCUUCAUCAAUACAUUAAGCAUGGAAGCAUUCACUGUGCAUAUUCUUAUGGGAAUGCUUAAUCUCGUUAUUAUAGGUUCUUCAGUGCGUUUUUCAGCACUUAACUACUUCUGCAUACUUUCAGCUACAUAAACCAUUUAACUAUCAAUAUAUUCCCGCUUUUUACAACAUUUUCUUCCCAUUGAAAUGAAUGGAAAACCAUUUUCUAGAUACAGCAUUUCCAGAGGAAAAUGCACAGUGAAUGCUUCUAUGCUGAACGUAUUCCUGAAGAAUUGCUGAAAGUAGCUGAAACACGUCAAGUAUAGAUGAAUGUAUGUGACAAGAAUUAGGAGUUGUUAUAUUUGCAGAUGACGCUUAAGUACUUGAAUUUCAAAUUGAGUAAACCUGAGAAAGAUUUGCUGAAGUUGAACUGUUGAAAAUGAAGAAAGUGUGUAAAGGUGUGCUUAAUUUGAUGGAAUAUAGCUUAAUGUAUUAAGCAGGUAAAUAUAAAAUAGUUUUCAAGAACUUAAAGAAUAGCUCAAAGUUUUGGAGAUAUUCAAUACAGCUAAAAAUAGCUGCAGAGGAGGUAGCUGAAUUUUAAAUUGAGAAAAGUUGGAGCUUAAAAGGAAGCAUCUGCAGAUAACUGAGUAAAUAAGAGUAAAAUUAUCUUUUUAAUCAAUCAUAAUUAACCAGUCAGAAGCAGAAAUAGUGCAAUUGAAGCUAAAGAUUUUGAUUAGUGCUUUUUUACUGCAUUUCAUUGCAUUGUACUCGUAUACAGGUAUUGAGAAUAAUGUUGAAUCUAAUCUAUAUAUUUUGAAAGGAUUUGGAGUGGGCGUGUGUGGGUAAUUAUUAGACUAUAAAUUUGUAGUCAUAUUUAGCCAGUCAAAUACAGAAAUUUUGCUAUAAAGGUUAAAGUUUUACUUAUCGAUUCAUGCUUUUAUUUUGAAAAGAUACGAAGGAAAGGAUUUGGAGGAGGUGCGUGUUCCUAAUUCAUUAACUAUAAAAUAGUUUCCUUAAAAAGCAAGAAUAGUGCCAUUAGAGCUAAAGAUAUGAAUUGAAAAAGCUCAAGGUUGCAAUCGUUUAAAAGUAGACCUGAUGCAAAGGUUAAUGUGCUAUUAUAAAAUCAUUCAUCAAUUAUAGGUUAACAGAGCUGAUAGUGAACAAAGCUGAAGAGUUUUCUUCAGAUGGGGAAGCAAAAUUAUAAACAUAUUAAUAUUAUUUAUUUUAUUAAAGUGGCAAAAGUUUAAAAGGUGUAAACCUAUUGCAAAAUCAAAUAUUGUAAUAGAACAUCAUGAAUCAAUCAUUGCAAAUGUCACUCCUUCUCAUACUAGUUUCAGUUAGGCUGCCAACAAUUACUCACAAUUGACCAUUACCCAUAUAGCAUCGCGCUGAAAAUCUGCAUAUACUGCUGAAUGCUGUAAUGUUGGAGUUAUUCUUCAAGAAAUGCUAUAACAUUAAAACAAAUAGCUGAAAGUGGUGCUCUGAAUUGAUACUGUUGUAUUGGUAUAUUAUAUUGCUACAACAAACCUGUCCGAAUCAGAAAGAAAUCAGAAAUCUUGUUAUUAAAGCAAAAAUUAAAGAGUUGAAUUAAGGGUUUAAAUUUGAAUGGAUGGAAAUGUGUGUGGGUAAUUGUUGAGUGUAACACUGCUAUAACUGAAACAGCAUUCACUGUUUAAUUAUUCAAAUUUUUAAGCUACAGACAGUUUUUGAACUGUUAUAUUCUAAAAACAUUUAACUAUUAAUCUUCCAAAAAUCUUUUAAAUAUCUUUAAUUGUGUAUGCUAUUAAAGAUAUUUAGAGUGUGAGGGCAUGAGAUUUUAAGCCAUAAAGUCUGUCUUCAACUCGUCACUACAGGCACAAUUUUUAAGCUAUGAACAUAAUUUUUUCAGUUGUCUGUUGUCAUACUAGUCUAAUGAUGUGUCUGAUUAAGCCCUCAGAUCUAUACCUUAGUCUGUAGCUGCUGCUGAGACUUUUGGUGAGAAAAGGAGGACUGGCAUUUUGAAAAUUGCUAUGGGCACAAUUGCAAGCUUUAAUAGCACUAUUUAUGCUUUUGAAUGGGUAAUCGUGACUAGAUAAUGAAACUAUUUUACAGUUUAGCUAUUAAGCACACACAGCUCCUCAAAUCCUUUCAAAAUAAAAGCACCAAUCCAAUUCUUUAGCCUAAACAUCACUUUUCUGCUUUUGACUAGUUAUUAUGACUAGUUAAUGAGACUAUUUUACUGUUUAGCAACCUACACACGCUUCCAUCAAAGCUCCAACUUUUAUCAAUUUCAAAUUCAACUACUUAUUUAUUAUAUAUGAAUAUUUCCAAUAUUUCCAAAACGUUGAGCUUUUCAUUCAGCGUUCAGCAUUCGUUCAAAUUAAGUAAAGCUUUACACACUUCCUUCAUUUUUUUAGCAGUUCUUCAAUUUCAGCAAAUCUUUUUCAAGUUUCCUCACUUUCAAAUUCGACUGGUUUAGCUUCUUCUGCAAAUAUUCAACUUUAAACUCCUAAUUCUCUUCAGAUAACAACUCUUCCUCUCUCUGUAACAGUUGAUCUUUAUCUAGGCAAUAACAUGUAUAAUAAAACUUUAGCUAGUAAACAGAUGUGAUUAGACAAUAGUAAAUAGACUUGAUGUAAGUGUGUGUAGAUGUGUUCAGCAUUUUUAUUUUUAAUCUCCAUACCUUCUUGUGUGUACCCCCAUCAGUCACAGCAAUCAAAAUGUGCAAAAUAAUUUCCCUCUGGGAUUAAUAAAGUUUUUGAAUCUUUAACCAAUUCAUCUAUGCUUUAAAUGCUUCAGGCUACUUUCAGCUAUGUUUUAAAUGUUUCAGCUACUUUCAGCAAUGCUUGCAUUCACUGUGCAUUUUACUCUGAAAAUGCUUUAUUUAGUCAUUCAAUUUGUCUUCCCUUACUCAAGAUAUGUCUUGGAUAUACACAAGUUAAGAAAGUUCCAACUGGAAAUGCUACAGAGCUGGAAUUCUUUGCAACUGUAGUUGAUUGGUAGUGCAAGUUAUGUGCAAAGGAGUAUCCAGUUUGUUGUUUUUUUCUUGCCUUACUUGGUAGCACAGCAGCAGCUCCAGAGGGAGAGCCUUAACCUACAAGCUGUAAGAAAAUGACUAAAUGCUGGGGUCCUACACCUAUUAAGAAAAAUGUCUAGAUAGCCUAAUUGAACCAUUUGUCUUUCAAUACAGCAUAAUCACCCACAUUUGACUACAAAGGCCCAGAGAAGAAAUGGUACAGUAAAGGGGAUAGAUUAGGGGAGCACUGGUGAUUAAAGAAAUCUGCAUUGUGACUAAACAUUAAAACUAGACCCUUCUGCUUUCCCUAGUAAAACAAGAAAAAAAAAAAAAAAGAAAACAAUGAAAACUUAUUUUAAUU